AUGGCUGAAAAAGAAAGUGAGCGUAACGCGAAUCUAAUCGCUGCUGGUGUUGGACCUUGCAACCCCCAGAACUACCCUCAACCGCUGACAACUCAUCCAAUCUACGCCGAACGGGACGCUGCAGAAACAGAGGUAAAUGAAAUGCCAGUCAACUUGAAUCAAGCGGCAAACCUCCCAGAAGGCCCGAUCCAACUUCCUCGAAUUGAAGAAGUCCUUGACGGGAAGGCCAAUUGGGUGGAAUGGGAACGCAAGGUGAAGGCCAUUCUGGCAAGCAAAUCUCUCCACCCUUUGAUCGACAAGAAAAUACCACGCCCCCAAUUCGCUCCAACGGAUGCAACGGCCAAUAGAUGGCGAUUGUGA